AUGAAAACCAUCAUUGUUUUCGCCGCCUUCGUUGCUGUUGCUCUCGCCGCUCCUCAAACAGUGCCUCAACAAGCAGUUCUAGUCAAAGAAACUCCCUCUGAUAACGUCGGUCUUGGCGGUUAUAACUAUGGUUUCCAACUUUCCGAUGGACAGGUUAAACAGGAAUCUGCAGAAUUGGUAGAUGGAGGAGCUGACGGUCAAUUCCUUCGAGUUCACGGCAGCUUCGGAUUCGUUGACCCAUAUACCAACGUUGCAUACACAGUAAAUUACGUUGCCGACGAAACUGGAUUCCACCCACAAGGAGAGCACCUUCCCCGAGUUUAA